AUGGCUUGGCGUCUCGCUCUGUCCCUGGUGGAAGACGGAGCCGUGGAGGGGACGUCGCUCUUCGGCCGGCUGCCUCACCCGUCCCGCCAUCUGGAUCCAGUUAGCCCGCUCGGCAGUAGGGCUGAGUCUCAUUUCCUCCAACCAUCUCUUAUGCUGCGGACUCGCUGCCUGCGCACACUGAGCGUGUCGGCCAGUGUCGAUGACAUGAAGAAGUAUCUGCAGAUGAAAUGGCCACUGCUUGAUGUUCAGGCAGGGAGCCUUCAGAGUAGACAAGCCCUCAAGGAUGCUAGGUCUCCAUCUCCAGCACACAUUGUUUCUAACAAAGUGCCAGUUGUGCAGCACCCACACCAUGUACACCCUCUUACGCCGCUUAUCACGUACAGCAAUGAGCACUUCACACCGGGAAACCCUCCUCCACACUUACCAGCCGACGUAGAUCCCAAAACAGGAAUUCCAAGGCCUCCACAUCCUCCAGAUAUAUCUCCUUAUUAUCCGUUAUCACCGGGCACCGUAGGACAAAUCCCCCAUCCGCUAGGAUGGUUAGUACCACAGCAAGGUCAGCCAGUGUACCCAAUCACGACAGGGGGUUUCCGCCACCCUUACCCAACAGCUCUGACCGUCAAUGCUUCCAUGUCAAGGUUUCCUCCACACAUGGUCCCGCCACACCAUAGUUUACAUACAACUGGAAUCCCUCAUCCGGCCAUAGUCACACCAACAGUCAAACAGGAAUCUUCCCAGAGUGACGUCGGCUCACUCCACAGCUCAAAACAUCAGGACUCCAAAAAAGAAGAAGAGAAAAAGAAGCCACACAUAAAGAAACCUCUUAAUGCAUUUAUGUUGUAUAUGAAGGAAAUGAGAGCAAAAGUUGUAGCAGAAUGCACAUUGAAAGAGAGCGCAGCCAUCAACCAAAUCCUCGGUCGAAGGUGGCACGCGUUAUCCAGAGAAGAACAAGCAAAAUACUAUGAACUAGCAAGAAAGGAACGACAGCUUCAUAUGCAGCUGUACCCGGGCUGGUCCGCACGGGAUAACUAUGGAAAGAAGAAGAAGAGGAAAAGGGAUAAGCAGCCAGGAGAGACCAAUGACCUGAGCGCUCCUAAGAAAUGCCGAGCGCGCUUUGGCCUUGAUCAACAGAAUAACUGGUGCGGCCCCUGCAGGAGAAAAAAAAAGUGCGUUCGCUACAUACAAGGUGAAGGCAGCUGCGUCAGCCCACCCUCUUCAGAUGGAAGCUUACUAGACUCUCCUCCGUCCUCCCCCGCCAUGCUCGCCUCCCCCUCCAGAGACUCGAAACCACAGACUGAACAAACGCAACCCCUCUCGCUCUCCUUGAAGCCCGACCCGCUGGCGCACCUGGUCAUGAUGCCGCCGCCAUCCUCGCUCGUCCUCGCCGAGAGGAUUGCCAUGCUGUCUGCCUCCGAGCCACGGCAGUGCCAGCGCCAAGAAAACCUGAGCAAUUCUUCAGCUGGGAGCUUCAGGCUGCCCCGUGCAGCCAGUGGGCCACCUCCUCCCCGUCCUCGGCUGAAGGAGAGCGGCCCUGCCCUGGGUGAAAGGCAGAGCCCUCAAGAGCAACACGUGAAGCGCUGCAAGCCCCUGGGGACAAGCAUGUCCUGCAGAGAAGUUAUCACCAGUGUGGACGUCUUCCUGUUUUCUGAAGCAUCUCCCUGA